GAUGUAAUUUGUCCAAGGUCACACAGCUGGUGAGCCCCAAGUUGGCACGAUGGCGGGGCUGGGAACCCAGAACCUGAUCAGAGCUGCCCUGAUCAUCCUGCUGCUCCCCGGAAGCCUGGAAGAGUGCGGCCGCAUCAAGGUCUCAGCCCCUGUCGUCCGCCUGGGGGAUCCCAUCACGGCCUCCUGCAUCAUCAACCAGAGCUGCAGCCACCUGGGCCCAGAGGCACAGAUUCUGUGGAAACUGGGAGCAGAGCUUCAACCCGGAGGGAGGCAGCAGCGUCUGGCAGAUGGGACCCAGGAGUCUACCAUCACCUUGCCCCACCUCAAUCACUCUUGGGCCCUUCUCUCCUGCUGCCUGCGCUGGGGCAACAGCCUGCAGAUCCUGGACCAGGCAGAGCUGCAGGCAGGCUACCCUCCCGCCACACCCCACAAUCUGUCCUGCCUCAUGAACCUCACAACCAACAGCCUCAUCUGCCAGUGGGAGCCAGGACCCGACACCCACCUGUCCACCAACUUCACCUUAAAGAGUUUCAAGAGCCGGGGCAGCUGCCAGACCAAAGAGGACUCCAUCUCCAACUGCGUGCCUGAGAACGGGCAGAGCCGCUGCUCCAUCCCACGCAAACACCUGCAGCUGUACCAGCACAUGAGCAUCUGGGUGCAGGCAGAGAACGCGCUGGGGACCAGAGCGUCCCCACAGCUGUGCCUUGUUCCCAUGGAUGUCGUGAAACUGGAGCCCCCCAAACUGUGGGCCCUGGACCCCAGGCCUGAGGUGGCCCCACCCCCGCCUGGCUGCCUGCGGCUGCGCUGGGAGCCAUGGAAGCCAGGCCUGCACAUAGAACAGAAGUGUGAGCUGCGCCACCAGCCACGGCUUGGAGCAGCCAGCUGGGCCCUGGUAGGCCCCCUGCCCUUCAAGACCCUCCAGCAUGAGCUCUGUGGGCUCGUCCCAUCCACAGCCUACGCCCUGCAGAUGCGCUGCACCCGCUGGCCCCUGCCCGGCUUCUGGAGCGACUGGAGCCCCAGCCUGGAGCUGACCACCACACAACAGGUCCCCAUCGUCAGACUGGACGCAUGGUGGCGGCAGAGGCAGCUGGACCCCAGGACGGUGGACGUGCAGCUGUUCUGGAAGCCAAUGCCCCUGGAGGAGGACAGCGGGCAGAUCCAAGGGUAUGUGGUCUCCUGGAGCCCCUCAGGCCAGGCUGGGGCAGUUCCACCCCUCUGCAACACCACGGAGCUAAACUGCACCUUCCACUUGCCUUCAGAAGCCCGGGAGGUGGUCCUUACGGCCUAUAACACAGCUGGGACCUCUCGUCCCACGCCAGUGGUCUUCUUGGAGAGCAGAGGCCCGCCCCUGGGCAGACUCUAUACCAUGGCCCGAGACCCUCAUAGCCUCUGGGUGGGCUGGGAGCCCCCCAGCCCUCAGCCUCGGGGCUAUGUGAUUGAGUGGGGCCUGGGUUCCCCCAGCCCCAGCGGCAGCCAUAAGACCUGGAGGAUGGAGCAUAACGGAAGCAUCACAGGGACCCUGCUGGAGGAGAACAUCAGGCCCUUUCAGCUCUACGAGAUCACUGUGACCCCCCUGUACCAGGACACCAAGGGACCCUCCCAGCUCAUCUAUGCCUACUCCCAAGAGACGGCCCCCUCCCAUGCCCCAGAGCUGCAUCUAAAGCACAUCGGCAAGACAUGGGCCAAGCUGGAGUGGGUGCCCGAGGCCCCUGAGCUGGGGAAGAGCCCUCUUACCCACUACACCAUCUUCUGGACCAAUGCUCAGGACCAGUCCUUCUCCACUGUCUUGAAUGCCUCCUCCCAUGGCUUUGUCCUCCACGGCCUGGAGCCCGGCAGCUUGUACCACGUCCACCUCAUGGCAGCCAGCCAGGCAGGGGCCACCAACAGUACAAGCCUCACCCUGAUGACCUUGGCCCUAGAGGAGUCUGAGCUGCACAUCCUCCUGGGUCUGUUCGGCCUCCUGAUCUUGUUCAUCUGCCUCUGUGGGGCUGCCCGGCUCUGCUGCAGACCGAGCAGGAAGAAUCCCCUCUGGCCAAGUGUUCCAGACCCCGCCCACAGCAGCCUGGGCACCUGGGUGCCUACCAUUAUGGCGGAGGAGACCUUCCAGCUGCCCAGCCUUUGGGACACCGGCAUGCCACCCAUCACCAAGAUCACAGUGCUGGAGGAGGAAGAGAAGAAGCCAGGGCCCUGGGAGUCCAGUGAUAGCUCAGGGACCUGUGGCCUCCCCACCCUGGUCCAGGCCUAUGUGCUCCAGGGGGACCCAAGAGCACCUUCCACCCAGCCCCAGCCCCAGCCUGGCACCAGUGACCAGGUCCUUUAUGGGCAAGUGCUGGGCAGCCCCACAGGCCCAGGGCCAGGGCACUAUCUCCGCUGCGACUCCACUCAGCCCCUCUUGGGGGGCCUCACCCCCAGCCCCAAGUCCUACGAGAACCUCUGGUUCCAGACCAGCCCCCUAGGGACCUCAGAGCCCCUAGUCCCAAACCAAGAGGACGAUUGUGUCUUUGACUUCCCCCUCCUGCAGGGGCUCCGGGUCAAUGGGGUGGAGGGGCUGGGGGGCUUCUAGAGUUUCCUGGGACUCCCUACCUGGGCCUGCCUCUUGAAAGGCCUGGGCCAUCCAGAGAAGAGAAGGUCAGUAAACCCAUCACUAAAAACCACCUGGCCCCAGGAAUGGCAGAAAGGCUCCCAGUCUCUCCCUACCCCUGGCCCCCAACAUCCCACCCCCACGACCCUAAUCUCCAUGGGCUGGGCCUCCCACUUUAAAGGCCAGAGCAUGCUUCGUCCAGCCCUGCCCACUAGCCUUUUGUGCUCAUUUCCUGUAAUAUCAGUCUCUUAAACUGGUUUGUGGUUCGGUUUGAUUUGGUUUUGAGAAA